UUUAUUUUUUUUAAAAAAAAAAAAAAGAAUCACGCUUGUAAUUUUAUUUUUCUAUUUUGUCAUCUGGGUUUCAAUAUGGGGCACUUCUUUGUGUUCCUGUAUUCUUUGUUGUCUUUCUUUGCUACACCAUGAAUCUCAUUACUUGUCAACAUAUUAAAGAAUUCCAAACUCAAGGAUAUACAAUACUGCGAGAAGCCUUAUCACCGUCUGAAUUGAAUAUGCUACACGAUGAAGCUGAUAUGUUAUCUAACUAUCUCAUGUCAGAAGGAAUUGAUCUUUUACGGGAAUUAGGUGGUAUUAUUGAACCUUUAGAAUGUGGCUACUUGGAUCCUUCUGAUACUAAAUAUAAAACAAACCAAGCAGCUUAUUGUGAACGACGUGACCAGCUUACUCCAGGUGUUGCAGGAUUUUUGACAACCAGUGUCGGACAAUGGGCAGCUUCUCUUUUGUAUGGUACCACCAUCAAUAAAGAUCAACCAAUUUAUCUUUUGAAUGAACAAUAUAUUAUCAAACCGCCUAAUACCAAAUCAAUCUCUGCUUUUGCUUGGCAUCGUGAUUCAGAUUAUUACAAAGAUACAUCAUUGCGAAAUGAAAUCACGGUUGCUUGUUGGAUGGCUUUGGAUGAAGUUAAUGAAGAAAAUGGGACUCUGAUGAUUGGUUCUACAGUAGAAAAAGUGCAAGAGAUCAUCCAACUCCCUGCUGGAAGUAUCGUAUUUAUGUCAAGUCAUCUUUUACACAAGAGUACAGGAAAUGCUUCGUCACGUUUUCGUCGUGCUUUUAUGCCUCAAUAUGCAAAACGCUCCAUGCUUGAUCCCGACUCUGGUUUACCAAUUGCUUUAGCUAUUCCUUUAUCACCCUGAUCAUAGGUUUAUACUUUAGAUUUAUUCUGUUU